GCUCCAGCGCCUCGCGCCGGGGCCGUUAGUCAGCAGAACGCGAGCUCGGGCCGAGGAGCAGGGCCGGUGCGAGAAGAUGAAUAACCUUUCCUUUAGUGAGCUAUGUUGCCUCUUCUGCUGUCCACCUUGUCCAGGGAAAAUCGCUUCAAAAUUAGCAUUUUUGCCACCUGAUCCGACCUACACUCUGAUGUGUGAUGAAAGUGGAAGCCGCUGGACUUUGCAUCUCUCGGAACGUGCAGACUGGCAGUACUCUUCUAGAGAAAAAGACGCCAUUGAGUGUUUCAUGACUAGAACCAGUAAAGGCAACCGAAUUGCCUGCAUGUUUGUGCGUUGCUCGCCCAAUGCUAAAUACACUUUACUCUUCUCACAUGGGAAUGCUGUUGAUCUUGGUCAGAUGAGCAGCUUCUACAUAGGACUGGGAUCACGGAUCAAUUGUAAUAUAUUCUCAUACGAUUAUUCUGGAUAUGGUGCAAGUUCUGGGAAACCAACAGAGAAGAACCUCUAUGCGGACAUUGAAGCUGCUUGGCUUGCUCUUAGGACAAGAUAUGGCAUUCGUCCUGAAAAUGUGAUUAUAUAUGGCCAGAGUAUAGGGACAGUCCCAUCAGUGGACCUUGCUGCUCGGUAUGAGAGUGCUGCUGUUAUUCUUCAUUCUCCUUUGACCUCGGGAAUGCGAGUUGCUUUUCCUGAUACCAAGAAAACCUACUGUUUUGACGCGUUCCCAAACAUUGACAAAAUCUCUAAGAUCACCUCUCCAGUAUUGAUCAUUCAUGGGACUGAAGAUGAAGUCAUUGACUUUUCUCACGGCCUUGCGUUGUUUGAGCGCUGCCAAAGACCCGUGGAGCCUCUGUGGGUCGAAGGAGCUGGCCACAAUGAUGUGGAACUCUAUGGACAGUAUCUUGAAAGAUUAAAACAGUUUGUAUCACAGGAACUGGUAAAUUUGUAAAAUAUUCUGUAAAUUGCAUACCGGGUUUUCUUUUCUUACUGAGCUACACUCCUUGGUAAAUGACAUACAACCUGAAGGUUUUGUUUACAAAUCAUGUCAGUUGCCUUCAUAAAUGUACAGGUAAUGAUUUGUUAACAGACUUAAUGAAGGUUUUAAUUACCAGAAACUGGAAAUAACAGUAUCAUGCCAAGUCAGGCUGUGUAAUUUAUAUUUUUUCUGUGAAUUUUUUUUUAAGCAUCAAGAUGAGUACUGUAUGAAAUUUUAAUUCUAUAAAAAUCAAAUGCUGUAAAAGUAUUGCCAAAUGCUUUUGCAUAUCAAAUACAAAUUUAUAAGUAUUUUUAAAAACAUCUCAAUGUUCUAAAUCUUAUCCUGGUAUAAAAUGUAAUAUCCUUCUUUUAAAGAUGAAAAACACUGUAUAUCAAAAUGCAAGUACUCAACAUGGAAUAAACUGUAAAAACCAGUAGGGGAAACAUAAGAGUUCACUGGAGUGGACCUCAACCCUGUUGUGCAGGGAUGGAGGUUUAAACAGUUAUCUUAUUGUAAAAUACAUCCAAUUUUCUGUAUUCUCUGGUUAUCAAACAUUUUAUCCUUAACAACAACAACAAAAUAAGUCUUAAUUGUUACACCAUCAGUUUACCAACUAGCUACCUAUGUUGUAAAUGAGAGAUCAUAGUAGCACUGAAUUUUAACCCUUUUGAUUUUAGACGUUUGGUACUGUGAGGCAACGACUUAAAUUGUUCAUUCUGGUUAUCUAAGAGGUAUUCAGAGCUCUAAGAAUGCUUCUGUAUGCACUGUUGUUGUACACCUUGACUGACCCAGGGGAACUGCGGUUCUCAGAAGCCUGAGAGUCCAUUAGUUCUUCAGGACCACAAACAGACUGCUGGUUUGGCCCCUUUUCAAGUUCACUUUGAAUCUUUUAAGAGUGGGACUGAUUGUUUUGGAUGACUGAGAAUUUCAUGGAUCCUCACCCAGAUAUAGAAGAUGACAAAACAUUUAAUUCAUACUUUUAUAUUAACCAAUAUAGUAAAAAAAAUAAAGCUCACACACACAGACUAAGUUGCCUUUCUUUAAAUGAAUCCUGCCUGAAUAAAACAAUGAAAGAAAAAUAAAAUUAAUGGUAUGUAGUCUAAUUUGUAAAUGAAUGAAUAUUGAAAUAAUACACACUGUGGAUAUAUUUUAAGGCCUUAUGUAGUUUUAAUUGAUCUGCUUGUUCUGUGGUUAUGUCUAAGACUAUAGUAGAUUUUCUUCAAAGUAUAUCAAGUAUUGUGAAUGCUUUGGUUCAGAUGUGUCUAAUUAACAGUAAAACAAAAGUAUAUCACUCA